AUGAGAAGAAUCCCCCUGAGCGUGGCUCAGACUGGUAUCGGGCUGGGCUCCUCGUCCCCCAGCAAGCGCCGUUGUGACGAUUCUAAAGAUGGAGAAACUCCCAGUGACGCCGGGCCUCCGUCGGGCCUGUUUGGCGGCAGGACGAGUUGUGUCUGUCUCGUCCGGGCACCGAUUAUGCCUCUUCUGUCUGUGGAGAAAGGCCCAUCGAUACUCUUUCGUCCUUUCAAAAGCCCACUGAAAGGACAUCAACCAGGAGUCAGCGAAGAGUCCCUUCGGAAAACGCUGGGUGUGAGGCUGAAAAGGUCCUCGGCAUUUGCAGUGGCUUCCAAGCAGUUCAAGAGCCCCCCCCCCGCUCCCACAUCUCAAGCGCUACCUGAGGCGAAUCCCCUUGUUCUCUACAUCCCCCCACCUGAUCGACCUCAUGAAAAAAAGGUUGAAGUCGACCCCAUGCUCACGCGGUGGCUGCGCGAGCACCAGCGACAAGGCGUGAAGUUCAUGUUUGAUUGUUUGAUGGGUCUGAAGGAGUUUCAGGGAGAAGGGUGCAUCCUGGCAGACGACAUGGGUCUGGGAAAAACUCUGCAGAGCAUCACCAUUCUCUGGACGCUUCUGGAACAAAACAUUGAGGGCACACAACCGGCCGUCCGCCGAGCAGUCGUCGUUUGUCCGGCCUCUCUGGUGAACAACUGGGCGGCAGAAAUUCAAAAGUGGCUCCAAGGGCGCUGCGGCUGCACGCCUGUGGCUGACAACUGCAAGGAGAAAGUUGUCUCCAAAUUCGAGGGCUUCAAGUACGACCGACAGUCCCGGAUUUUGAUUGCGAGCUACGAGACCUUCCGGAUGCAUGUUCACCGCCUCGAAGGCGUCCCGAUCGACAUGGUUGUCUGCGACGAGGCACAUCGUCUGAAAAAUGACAAGACAAAGACCUCUUUGGCAAUCAUCGAGUUGCCUGCAAAGAAGCGGCUGCUUCUCAGUGGAACUCCGAUUCAGAACGACCUCGACGAAUUUUUCGCUCUCGUUUCCCUCUGCAAUCCGAAUGUAGUUGGAGAUGCCCACACUUUUCGAAGGCGAUACGCGAAUCCAAUUCUGGUUGGACGAGAACCUGACGCGACAGAAGACCAGCAGCAACUUGCGGCAGAGAGGCUGACGGAGCUUUCGUCGCUGACCAACUUGUUUAUUCUUCGUCGAACGAAUUCUCUCCUCGCGAAAGUCCUUCCUCCCAAAGUUGUUCUCAAUGUUUUUUGUCGCCUGACGCCUCUUCAGAAGGAGUUCUACCGGUCCUUCCUCAGCUCGAAAAGCUGUCGGAAGAUGUUCACGGCGGAGGCAGAAGGGAAGGGUGGCUUCACAGGGCGCGUGCUGUCGAGCAUUCAGGGACUCAUGAAGCUCUGCAACCAUCCGUCGCUGGUGAAGUCCCAAGCGCAAAUGCUCCAGGGAUUUGAAAAAUGUGAAAAAUACUUCAGCGAACUCGACCUCGAAGGCCAGAAGGCACGCUCAAGGAUGGUCCGCACUGAAAUCUCCGGGAAGCUUCUGCUUCUUGCUAGGCUCCUCGACGUCAUCAGAACCACCACAAAUGAUAAAAUCGUCCUCAUCAGCAAUUACACACAAACUCUCGACUUGUUCGACCGCAUGUGCCGCGACUGUGGCUACCCAGUCAUGCGUCUCGAUGGACAGACUUCCAUCAAAAAGCGUCAUGCGAUGAUCACGAAGUUCAAUGAUCCUAUGAAUCCUCACAGCUUCGUUUUCCUUUUGUCGAGCAAAGCCGGAGGAUGCGGAGUGAACUUGAUCGGCGCAAAUCGACUGGUGCUCUUUGACCCUGAUUGGAAUCCUGCGAAUGAUAAACAGGCACUUGCGCGCGUGUGGAGAGAUGGCCAGAAGAAGUCCUGCUACAUUUAUCGUUUCUUCAGCACCGGAACGAUUGAAGAAAAAAUCUACCAACGCCAGAUCUGCAAAGACGGCCUGAGUGCGAUGCUCGUCAGCGACGGGGAGAAUCAAAUCAAAGACAGUUUGUCUACCGAGUUGGUGAAAGAUCUGUUUCGCCUGAGAGAAGACACUCUGUCGGAUACGCACGACAUGCUCGAGUGUAGACGCUGUGGUUGCCGCGCGGCUGGCCAGGAUGUUGAAAACGAAGGCGAAAACGAGAGGCGCGAGGCGAAGAGAAGAGAGACGGAAGAAGAGAUGCUGGGCUCCGUCCCCCAACUUGACGAGGAUUUUGACGAGGACGAUCUGGUGACCUGGGCGCACCACCGAGACCUGGCGAGUGUGCCUGAUCCUUGCCUUCGGCAGGCGGCGCUCGCCUGCGUCGAUCCUCUCGCGUGUGACAGGGAAGAUGAAGAAAUGAUUUCUUCUGAGCAGCCUAUCAGUUUCGUUAUGUCCUGUCGUAUCGAGUUCAAGGACGAGGGGAAACCCCAGUCGCCUGCGGCUGCGGCACCGGUUUGCGGGAAGAGUUCUGCUGAGGCUUCUCCGUGUGGGGAAACUCUCUCGGCGCGUGCGCCGGCGUCCCCGGUCGCUCUCUCUGAGGGGCUGUCGAAGAAAAGGAAACUAGCAGAUUCAGAAGAAGACGAGGAGUUUGUCGUUUGCGUCGACGAAACGUCGAGUGAGGAAGAGUGA